AUGACGAAGUAUGAUACAAUAGUUAUUGGACUUGGUGCUGCUGGUACAACCGCAGCUUCUGAACUAGCUAAGGCCGGUAAAAGAGUCUUGGCUUUGGAAGCUCAGGAUAGGAUCGGUGGAAGAGUUCACACUUCAGAGUUCGGAGAUGGGGUCGUUGAACUUGGUGCCGAAUGGAUACAUGGUACAGAUCCAAGCGUUGUCUAUGAUUCAGCUAUACACAACAAUAUUACAGUAGUACCUCAAGAUAUUUAUCUCAAUGUGUACAAAUCUGAUGGAACUCCUGGAAACUCACAACUGAUAAAUGAAUUGGUUGAUUAUGCUCUUGAAAUGACAUCUAACAUAACGGGCCCAGCGAUGCCAUUAGGUUUAUAUCUGACAAAUAAGUUGAACGAGUAUAUUAAAGAAAAAUAUCCGGAAUUGAUACAUGAUAGUGAAUUUAUGAAUGAGUUUCUAUCGAUAAUGGACCUUAUUAUUGACAACUUAGAGUCUUCAAACGAUUGGUACGAUGUUAGUACCUUGACGAAUUACAGAGAAUUAGGAGGUCAUCAGCAUAUGAGUUGGCAUAGGCACGGUUAUAAAACAUUCUUUGAUAUACUACUGAAUACCUACAAUAAUGGCCCAGGCUGGCCCACGUUGGACAUCAAGCUGAACAAAGAAGUGAAAUUAAUAAAGUGGCCGAGAGAUUCACCCGGAGACGUUGAGGUGAGCUGUGUUGAUGGAAGUGUCUUCACCGCUGAUAAUGUUAUAGUGACCGUCUCACUCGGAGUCUUGAAGGAGAGAUAUAAAACGUUAUUUUUACCACAACUGCCCGACGACAAAGUUACAGCUAUACAGAAAAUGUCCAUGGGAGUUAUAGGGAAAAUUAUAUUGUCUUUUCCCCAAAAAUGGUGGCCGAAAGACGGGAAUUUCCUGUUCUUCUGGUCUAGAUCAGACAAAUUAAUAUAUGAGAACUGGUUGACCAAAAUAUUAGGGUUGACGCAGCCCAAGGGUUCGAGUAAUACAAUAACUUUGUGGACAUCCGGCGAUACAACUAGACUGGUGGAAUCAAUGCCAAGUGAAGUCGUCAUGAAGAAAUCUAUGGAACUUAUAAGAAGAUUCAUGAGCAAGGUGUCUCAUAUACCGGAGCCGAGCGGCAUCCUCAUGUCCAAGUGGUUCUCAAACCCGUUCACUAGAGGGAGCUACUCGUACGACAACCUCGUGGUUACAGACUACCCUCACGCCCGGACAGUCUUGGAGGCGCCUCUGAGGGACGCCAGCGGAGCCCUAAAAGUCCUAUUCGCUGGAGAAGCAACGAAUAGCAAUCACUUCUCAACCGUCCACGGCGCUAGUGAGACCGGUUUGAGAGAAGCGAAACGUAUUUUGCCGAACAGCAAACUAUAA